UUUCCGUUCCUGCCCCGCAUUCGGCAUUGAUACUUAUUAAAUGUAUAAUCCCUAAACUCCUUCGCUCCAAACUCGGGAUUCUUUAUUCUAGUCAGACGCUAUAUUCCAUUACCAGCGCAUCCACUUGACCGGCGCGGUAUGGUGGAAGCAAACCGGGCUUUGAUGAAUUUCGCGAGAACAUCUAAAUUCACGCUUGCUAAAGGAUUACGGCGACAGCCGAUCGUAUUCUCGCCUCUGUACCCUUAUACUUGCCAAGCCGGUCAGAAAUACACCAGGUUUUCCACUAUGGCGGAUCAGCCGCAGAGACGUUUUCAACGGCCGGCGGUCUUCGUCUGCGACAUGCAGGAGAAGUUUCGCUCCGCAAUCUGGUCGUUUGACUUGAUCCUCCAGACAACGCAGAAAGUCCUACGCGCGGCCCAGAUCCUCGACAUACCCGUCAUCGUGACGACGCAGAAUGGCGCAAAGCUCGGGCCUACCGUCUCUGAGCUCCAGGAGUUAACGGCGGGUGCUGCAGUCGACGCAGAUAAGACGGCCUUUAGUAUGUUGCGCGCCCCGGAAGUAGCUUCUCGCUUCCCGCGCGCAGACCCAACGGGAGCCAAUGGGCCCCUGCCCAGCGAGGUCGCCAUCGUAGGCAUCGAGACGCAUAUCUGCGUCACGCAGACCGCUCUCGACUUGCUCGAGCGCGGGCACAGGGUGUACGUGCUUGCGGAUGGCGUCAGCAGCUGCAAUCAGAUGGACGCGCGGGUGGCGUUUGCACGGCUGCGAGCUGCGGGGGCGGUGGUGACGACUAGUGAAAGCUGGCUCUACGAGUGCAUGGGGGAUGCGGGGAUCCCUGAAUUCAGGGAGGUGGCGAAGCUGGUGAAGGAGACGGGGCCGGGCAUGAAGGAGGUGCUGAAGGGGUUGAUGAGUAACCUGUAGGGAAAUACGAGAUGUGUGCAUUGCUUCUGUUUUGGUCUCGGGUGUGAGAUACUUGGACUUACCGGCAUAAGGUCGUGAUAGAUAUUAUUACCCUUCCAUGACGCCUUAGAGGGGUUUGAUAUUCUAGAUCCAGUUGCAUUCCAAAAGCACGUGAAAGGAUCUUGAUAUGCGUUCGGGUUCG